AUGCUCGUGCGCAACCCGCGUGUCUGGCUACCAGCACUACUUUCCGUAACCCUAAUUGUCAUAUUGACUCUGCACAAUACCGAUAUUCUAAAGGACAAGCCACAUCAUCAAGAUGUGGUCCUGGAAAAUGUACGAAUCCCUCACGCAGCUGUGAACACAAUCUGGGACCACGGGACUGUCUUACAACAAGAUCGUGGCAAUGUCGUUUCCAAUUCUACCCUCGGUUUCGAGAAAGUGUUUGCCAUCAACCUACCCGUGAGAACAGACAAGCGAGACAGUAUCUUGCUAGCCUCAAAGUUAACAGGCUUCGACAUUGAAUACAUUAAUGGCGUUGAUCCAUCGACUAUAGCGGACAAAACCCUGCCCGCAAAAUACACUGGCGGCGAUGCAAUCACAGGAGGUGUGCUGGGUUGCUGGCGAGCGCACAUGAACUUCAUUGCAAAGGUGGUACAGGAGAAUUUAGCAUCUGCUCUAGUAUUAGAAGACGAUGUGGAUUGGGAUGUACGACUACUGACACAACUCAAGGACUUUGCUGUAAUGUCAAGUGCUAUACUGAACAGCAGCGUUACUGACAGCACCAAGAUGAGGUUCGAGAACAUUGAGAGGAGAUCAGCCAGUGAGCAGAUAUCGCCAUACGGAGACAACUGGGAUGUGCUCUUUCUUGGAAACUGUGGCGUGGACAUUGACACUCAGAAACCUCAUGUCGUACAUGCGCACGAUAACACUGUCCCAGAUCUGCAACACCUCAAAAUCUAUGGAGAUCCGAAUGGACUACGCCUGAAUCCUUACCCCAGUCACGCCCGGCUUGCAGGACACGCAAUCGAGCAAACGUGCACGUACGCUUAUGCCGUCACCCAGAAGGCAGCUCGUCGGAUUCUUCUCGAUCUCGGCCUCGAGCGUCUGGAUCGUCCAAUUGACCACAUGCUUCGCGAUUGGUGUGAAGGCAAAUUUGCGGAACAAGGGCCACCACGAACCUGUAUUGGAGUUCUUCCAACCUUGUUCGAUUCGUAUCGUCGCGAAGGAGCGGGCGAAGCUGAUAGCGAUAUCGACGGUGACAAAGCUCAUAUUGGGUUCAGAGAGAAGGCGCAUACGUUGAAUAUCAGAAAAAGCACAAGGAUGAACCUCAGAAAGUUGAUGGAUGGGGAAGCACCAGAGGACCAAUAUCCCGAUGGCAAGUUUGGCUGA